AUGAAUGAUAUUGCUCAAACUGGAAAAUCAUAAGCCUCUGCUUAAGAUAUUCAUUCAAAAAUAGAGAGUCAAUUCUUAUAACGAUAUGCGCAUUAUUUAAUUGGGGAUGAGUUUGAUUCGUUUCUUACUCCAUCAUUUGUCCAUAUGUUACAUAUUCUGGAUUCAAAAAAAGUGAGUUGUGAAUAGUUGAUAAAUUACAAGACACAACAAAUUAAUGUAAUUUGCUCUAGUUUUAAAGUAGAAUCAAAACACGGAGAGUCAAGUAUUUUUUGCAUUGAGAAAUUUCACUUUUAAUUCAUUUUCCUUGAUGUUUGAUCAGAAAUUAGAAAAUACAAACGUUUAUACUAAGGAAGAAUAUUUUCGAUCAAUUAGAACCACGUAUAAUUCAAUAAUAGAGUAGACAAGACCAAGCCAAUCGAAGACAUCAAUUUGUGCAUAAUCCGUCUAACUCUUUUAAUCAGGACAAGCAGGAAUAGCAUUAGCACAACUUCUAUGAGUUAUAUUCCAAUAAAUUAGCUAAGGAUCAAGGAGAGAUACUUUAAGGAGAAAUAGUGAUAUUUGAGACCAGAAUUAAAUAUCCAGCUAACAAGGCCAAACAACUGUGUUACGAGAUCAAACAGAAAAUAGACAAUCUAUUCAGAUCAACUGUAAACUAAACAUUAAUUUGAAGACUAGGUAACAUCAGAUUAUUAGAUCAGAAUAUAUACCAUAUUUGGAAGAGUACAAAUAUCCAACAAUUGUUUUAAUAAUAAUAUACAACGGAGAUGUGAAUCUAGAUUUCUCAAAACUUCUCCAGAUGAACCAAAUAACCAUCAAUAGAAAGCAAUUCGCCUUGAAAGUUAAAGUGUACUUCAUCAGUAAACUCUCCUUAUUCAGCCACUUUAGAGAAGUGAACAAUCAAUAGAAGACUGAAUGCAUUACAGAUAAGGUAAAUAGUGAUACACAUUAAGGUUGUUACAUUCUAUGACAUGAAUAGAGUGAGACAGAAGAGACAAAAAGUGCUUAAAGAAAUCGAAGUAAUCAAGAAAUAAGCCUAAGUGGUAACUAUACAUGAUAAUUUGAUAAGAAUCAAAGCAAAAAGAAGAAGGAGUAGUAUUGGAAGUUGAGCAUUACAACUGGGUUGUGUGUGAUUGCUGCAAUCUUAUUCUUGAGUAAAAAAUAAAUAAAUCUCAAAAAGUUUGUCUAAGUUACUUCCAAAAUAGUUUGA